GGCUGGCGGGGCCGCUGGUGCGUUCCGCUGCCCCUCUUGGCGCCGGCAUCAAGUCCCCCUGCUGGGCAACUACUGAGUUUGGGGUCGCCUUUGGGUUCGCUUCCCCGGGAGAACCCGAGCCCGGAUCUUCGCCCCUUCCCUUUCCCUGUAUAAUAAGGCCCAGAGGGAAAAACUUCCCAAUUAAAAACCCCAUAGCUUGUUGCCCCUGGGCUGCAGGCGCCGGGUUGGGGGCACGGCGCGGACCUGCCCCUCGGCAGGGCCCCUUCUCCACGCCAGGCACUGCCUGGCAAGGCUGCUGGAGGGAGAUCUGGCCGCAGAUGGUGAAGGAGAACAUCGAGGCCCCCGGUCCCCAAGCAGGGCUCCAUGAGCCGGGCGGCGGGCCUUGGUAAGCCCAGGCGAGGGGCGAACUUCUUUUCCCCGGGGCCGACGCGGAGGGAGGGUGCGGGGAACGCCCGCUGAGGGGCCUGUCGUGCGGUACCCCAGUGGAGAGCAGAGCCUUAGAGGGACCUACUAGUCUUAGUAUUUACUGGCAGAAGGAAGGUUUAUUUCUUCAGAUCUCUUCAGAUACGACCUGGCAGGCAGCAGACGUAAAUCUGUGGUUGAGUGCAGUCAGCUCCUAAACGGGCAUGCGGUGGAUGAAGCGCCCCAAACUUGGCAUCUUGCGUCUGGCACUUUGUUUUUGGGCUAAACUGCUUCUGGCGUCUUCAACCUCCUGUGCCUCUUUCUGUUUUUGUUUGUUUGUUUGUUUUUCUAUUUUCCUUCCUCUUUGAGAAAGGACAGUGGUUUUAGAAGUAAUGAUCUGAGAGCUUUGCAGGUUGAAGUGGGACAAGUUUCCCUAAGGUGCAGUUGGCAGUUGCCAGGAGCCUGCAGGUGGCUUUUUCUCAGGCCUCUGGGUCAGGGUCCCUCAGGUGAGGUGAGGCAGGGGUUUCUCCCCUCCCAGAGGUGUGGCCACUACGCAGCGGGACAGGAACUGGGUUUCCCAGUCCGGGGAGUCCAGGAUGCCCUGCCCUCUGCGCUGAUUCCUGGGUGACCGUGGGGGCUGCCUUUCCCCACAGGCUGGGCUGGAGAGGGUCUCCUGAGCUUAGGAUCUGUGGGGCAGGAGGGCUGGGGUGACAAGGACACGUGGAACCUGCUGGGGCUCCGGGCAUUGUCCAGGGCAUGAGUAGAUAAAGCUGGAGCUUGCAGCUGUGUGCCGGCAGCCCUCGGUGGGCCCUAGCAGUACUGGCAGGGGGGCCCUUGGAGUGGGCUCCCUGGCUGGGCUGGGACUGGGUGAUGGCAGUAGCAAUGGGGCACCAAGUCUUCCCUCUCAUUUGUUAGGAAGUGCGGUCUGUGCCCCUCCCCACUGUCUGGCUCUUGGGCUGGGAGAAGCUGCAGGCUGAGUCCCACGGGGUGUGUGUGUGAGCAGGAGUGUGUGCUGGAAGGAGGUAAAGCUGGUGACCUUCAGCUCCUCAUUCUCUUCCAUCUUGCAUGUUUUCUCUGACACCCCAGACCCAAGUUGUGGCCUGCUAGUUAACUUGUUUACAUAACCUUCUUAAGUAGUUCUAACCUUUAAAAAAAAAUCAAAAUGUUAGUUUCACAGGAAUAAUUGGUGGGGAUGGAUUGUGAAAUGGAGGUGCAUAAAUAUCCAGUUUGCCAACUGAGCUAAGAAAUGCUGGAUAAAAGUGAAAGAUAAUUGCAAAAGACACUCACUGAUCACAUCCCUGGAAGCUUAGAGGUGGGAUAAGACACCUUGAUUUUUCCUAGACAAAACUGAGGAAGUCAGAGGAAAAACAAUUGAUGGUAAGGUUGGCAUCAGCCUGGGCUGUGUUUGGAUUGGGCCUCUGUGGCUGCAGUGAGGGCUGUUGGAGUGGGGAGAGUGGGGGUUGAGCCUGGCUGCAGAGGCCCCCUCCAGGCCUCACCUCCUGUCUGGCGCUCCUGGCUGUCCUCUGCCACGCAUACCUGUCCCGGUGACUCAACAGGUUUGGGCCUCAGGGGACACCAUGGUCUGAAGUCUUGGAGAAACCUUUACUAUCCAGGGGAGGAGAGGACUGGCGGUCGGUGGGAAUCGAGACCCAGCACACAUCACUGGGUGGCUUGAAUGUCUUCCUUUCCCAGAGUUCCUCCCCACCCGCCUGCCACCCACCGCCUGGGUUGGGUCCAGCUCGUGUCUCAGAGCAGCCUGCUGGCACAGGCUGAGUCAGCUGUCGUGGGCACUGUCUUUUCUCGCCUCUCCUGAAGCCAAUCCUCCUCUCUCUCCCUGUCCAGACACACCAGGGAGGCCCGGGAGUUAGGUGACCUCAAGGUCAUGCAGCCAGGCUCUCUCUGUGGAAUCCUGCCUACUGGUGGGGUGCCAUUGCUGUGUGCAUUAUGAUUUCUGUGCCGGCUGUGAGGUUUCCCAGAUUGGGCUGUGGGGUACCCCUGAGUCUGCAAGUUGGCCCAGGCCAGGUGUGUCACCAUUGCCCAGGCCUUCAGUGGCUUUCCAGUGUUCCCUCCACAUCCAUGUUACUCAGCCUGAUUUUUCUCAAGUUCCCCCGCUCGCUCCCAAGAAUGGCCCCUCCAGGCUGUCCUAGCUCCAGGCAGACAGGCUCAUUGCCCAGAUCUGCCCUGGGUUGUCCCCACCCCAUCCCCACCUGUCAUCUUGGCCCAUGUCCAUCCCAGAGAUCCCAACUGAAUGUGGGCUCUUUCCCUCUUAUCCCUCGGUCCUCAGAUUUGCCAGGCCACUCUUGCCUCCAGGCCUUUGCACAUGCUAUUCCCACCCCCUUGGCAUCAGCCACCCCCAGAUGCCCACCUGGCCGGCCCCUCACUUAUUGCCGGCUCCCUGACAGCCCUACAUAAAUUAGCGUUACUUCCCCUUCUCUUGUUAACCUUGCUUUGUGUUUCUCCUCAGUACUCAACAUUCGGUGUGUUAUUUCUAUACUUGUUUGUUUAUUGUCAGUCUCUUACCACUCAAAUGUAAAAGACUUUCUUCACCUCUGGAUCCCCAGUAGCUAGAAAAGUGCCUGGCACACAGUGGAGCCUUAGCGCUGUUGUUGGAUGAGCGAGUGAAUGAAGCACGGGAGCAUUAAUGUCCUUGCAGCACAUGUCCUGCUCCCUGUGCCUCCUUUUCCCGAGUCCCAGAGCUGGAACCUAGCUGUGUUCACAUUUGGAUCCUCCUGGAAUGUAGCACAGACCCUCACUCAGUGAGAGCCCUACACCUAAGGAACAGGAGUGCCACAACCACAGCCCCGAUGGGGACUCCAGUUCUGACUACGUGAACAACACCUCUGAGGAGGAGGACUAUGACGAGGGCCUCGCUGAGGAGGAGGAGGGCAUCCCCUACUACAUCCGCUACUGCCCUGAGGAUGACAGCUACCUGGAGAGCAUGGACUGCAACAGGGAGGUGUACCUGACUCACGGCGCACACCCAGUGGACACUGACGGGUGCCAGGAUGCAGUGGAGUAGACGGCCUGGACGGGCCUGCACCCCCAUGGUCACGGGGCUAAAGGCAGCCAGGACUACCCUGAUGGCCAGCUGCCCAUCACAGAGGAUGAGCCCUCUGUCCUGGAGGCCCACGACCAGGAAGAAGACAGUCACUACUGUCCCAGCAAAGAGGGCUGCCAGGACUACUACCCUGCGGAGGCCAACGGGAACACCAGCGCUUCUGCCUACCCCCUGAGGUGCGGGGACGGGGACCUGGAGGACCAGGAGGAGGACAUCGACCAGAUCGUGGCAGAGAUCAAGAUAAGCCUGAGUAUGACCAGCAUCACCAGCACCAGUGAGGCCAGCCCCGAGCAUGGGCCUGAGCCAGGGCCUGCAGGCUCUGCAGAGGCCUGCCCACCCGUCAAGGCCAGCUGCAGGCACGAGGCGAGGCCCAAGUCGCUGAACCUCCUUCCCGAGGCCAAGCACCCCGGAGACCCCCAGAGAGGCUUCAAGCCCAAGACCAGGACCCCAGAAGAGAGGCUGAAGUGGCCCCACGAGCAGAAUGGGACAACAGAAGAAGUGACUUCAGAGGAAGAGGAAGAAGAGGAGAUGGCUAAGAUAUAGAAGACUUAGAUCACUACGAGAUGAAAGCAGAGCCGAUUAGUGGGAAAAAGUUGGAGGAUGAAGGAAUUGAAAAAGAAAAUUUGGCAAUAUUAGAGAAAAUUAGGAAGACUGAAAGGGUUGACCCUGAUAGUCC